AUGAAUCAGUCUUACUUUCUUUAUUACUGUCUUUCUUUCUUUGUUUCUUUUCUUUUCAUUUCUUUUCUUUUCUUUUCUUUUCAUUUCUUUCUUUCUUUCUUUCUUUCUUUCUUUCUUUCUUUCUUUCUUUCGCAAUUGCUAAGCAUUGGGUAUCAAUUCCUUUCAUUUCUUUCCUUCUUUCUUUCUUUUCUUUUCUUUUCUUACUUUCUUUCUUUCUUUUCUUUUCUUACUUUCUUUCUUUCUUUCUUUCUUUUCUUUUCUUACUUUCUUUCUUUCUUUCUUUUUUUUUCACAGUCACUACACUCAAUUUCCUACAUUUCUUUCUUUCUAUCUAUCUAUCUUUCUUUCUUUCUUUCUUUCUUUUUCUUUCUUUCUUUCUUUCUUUCUUUCUUUCUUUCUUUCUUUCUUUCGCAAUUGCUAAGCAUUAGGUAUCAAUUCCUUACAUUUCUUUCUUUCUUUCUUUCUUUCUUUCUUUUUCCUCUCACUAAACUUUCAUUCCCAAUUCCCUUCAUAUCUUUCUUCCUUUCUUUCUUUCUUUCUUUCUUUCUUUCUUUCUUUCUUUCUUUCUUUCUUUUAUUUUUCCUUUUUUCAAUAUCUGAUUCCUUUCUUUCUUCUCCUGCAGAAUAA